UUUUAGCGCUUCCCCAGGAAAUAAAAUCAGGAGGAUUUCCCCCAUCUUUUGUUUGUUUUAUUAGCAGAAACCCGUGGGUAUCGUUAUAACAUUAACAGUCGCUACAGUCGCUGCUACAACAUCAUCGUCAUAUCAACUAACAGCCACUCGCUUCUGAUUGCCAUUCAUUCUCAUCAUUGUCAACUGUUCGAAAUGAAGCUCAAUAUCAUUGCUCUCUCUUCCCUGCUCGUCCUGGCAGCUGCCCAGGACACCACUGCAGUGGCCCCGACUACAACAGCCUCUCUCUCCCCAGAGGCCUCUUGCGCUGCCAAGUGCGAUAACACCAACCUGUGCUGUAUCGCUGGCUGCUACCACGUCCCUUGCCCGAACCACAGCCAGGCCAACCAGAACAACGACUGCGUUGCCCGUUGUCCUCAGGGCAGCGGCACACCCGCCGAUGCAACUGCCUAUGCCCUGUGUGAGCAAGGCUGCAUCUCUACCCACUACUUCCCGAUCACAGGUACUGGCGCUGCCGCCGCUACCGACAGCUCUCCCUCUUCUUCCGAUGCCACCGCAACCGCUAGCAACGCUGCUACCACUGACAGCUCGUCCACUGCAAGCGGCUCCCGUUCUGGCUCCAGCACCGGCUCUAGCACUGCCUCCGCUUCUACAUCUACCCAUACCGACAACGCAGCUAGCAACCUGCAGCUCGGGACUUCUGCUGUUGGCAUCCUGGGGCUUGUCAUGGCUGUCCUGGCUCUUUAAAGUGAAGCAUACAGAUACAACCAUAUCACCAUAUCAUUCUUCCGAUAAUGUGAAUAGCCCCCCUUAAUCAGAGUGUUAUCUAGUUUUGUCUUCGUUCUUCUGUCGCUAUUACUUACUCCACGAUUGAAACUGUUUUGCAUGGAAAUAAAAAAUUUUUUUUUAUUUUUAUUUUUUAAUUUUUCAGAAAAUAAACAGGAAAGUCAUCUGACUGGCUGAGACUCAGACUUCUCGGCUGCUUUCUUUUUCCUCCAUGAUUUCUAUUGUCUUCUUUUAUUUUCUAAUUCCUCCUUUUGACCCCUCUUUUUCAAUGUUGUUGUCAUUAUUACUGACUAUACUCUUCUGCUUCCACGGCAUACAAAGAAAGACCUACUUCCUAAAUACAAUAAUGUCUACGCGCCCAAGUCUUGUCCUUCUCUUACUUCAACCAGCUGUUAUUCCAUCAAUGAUAAUUGUAUUAUUGUACUUAAUAAUAUAAGGGCCGCCUUUUCC